AUGCCUGCGGUUACGCUCAUCACCGCCGUUCCUAACCAUGUGUCGCCAGAAGAGCAUCGUACCAUCGUGGGCGCGACCCCGAGCUCGUUCAGCGACAUUCCGCCCGUCUUGCGGCACAAGGAGGAGAACGUGAAGGUCGCGCUUGAACCGCCCGUUGAGGGCUUCGGAGAGGCGGAUGCCGCCUCGGGAACGCUUUACGUUAUCGAGAGCGCGUUGACGUUCAUGUCGUCGACCGGAAAGGGCUUCCAGGUGUUAUACCCUUCAAUAACCUUACACGCCGUGUCGCGCGCGGAAGCCGGUCCGUCGAUAUACUGUCAGCUGGACGAAUCAGUCGAUCAACCGAACGGAAGUGGAGAAGACGACGACGAUUUCGCGAUGCGCGAGUUGAGCAUCAUACCACAAAACGCCAACUCUCUUGAGCCGAUAUUCGAGGCCCUCUCGCUUUGCGCAUCCCUCCACCCCGACCCGAAUGCGGACGACGACGACGACAUGGGCGACGACAACGCGUUCAUCGACCCCGACGUCAACGGCUUCGAGCCCUUCACCGGCACCGAAGAGCAAGAGCUAUCCGAAGUCGGCAGAGCCGCUUUGGACUACCUCGAGAGCAUCAUCGUGAAUCCGUACGAGAAACAGGUGGAAAUUGGGGAAGGCGAAGACGGUCAAUUCGCCGACGCCGAGGAGCCGGAAGCGACGAAGUCCACGGCGGACGACAAGCCCGCUGCUUCGUCGUGA